ACCAAAAAUUCAAAGAAUAUGAAUCACCCUGCCAGUCCUGUGUUUUCUUUUCGUUUGUUAAUUUGCGGUGGAUCAGACAGUGGAAAAACCAAUAUGAUUCUUAAUCUUCUUCUUGGAAAUAAAAUUCAACAUUUGCUUAAGGGAAAGAAAGGGGAACGGGAAAACGUGACAUUUCGCGCAUUAAAAGCAGAUGCAAUUCCAGACAUAACUAAAUUUUCCCCAGAUAGGAAUACAGUUGUAGUCUUCGAGGAUCUUUGUGCUGAAUCAAAGAAAAUUCAAGAUCGGAUUGUUCCAUAUUUUAUUAGUGGCCGGCAUCAAG